AAAACUAUUGGCUUCAUCUGGUGCAUUAACUUUUAAAACCUCUGUCAUGGGCGGAGUCAAGGUUUCCAGCCAGCCAAUUGAAACUCUGGUAAAGUUUUUUUUUUUUUAACCAAUCAAAAUGUCUGGCGGGAAAAACAAGGUUCUUCAGACAAAGGAUGGGAGUGGUUUAGUCUAAUCAUCUUGCAUCUAAUUAAAGAGGAAGGCAUCUGCUUUACAUCAGUUCAAAUAAGAAUGUCUAUCUAGUUAAAUUCAAAUCUAAGGUUUCCUAAGAUUAAUUCAUGAAAUCACACAGUUUAAAGAAACAUCUUUUUCAGAAAAACAUUUCGUCGAAACAAUUAACACCAAAAUACACAUUUAUGACACUCUUCUUAGUGGGCAAACAGUUAAAAAGAACAGAGUAGUCAAUCUUCCCUCUUUAUUUACUUAAGGUGUGGGAUCCUUUGUUCUUAGUCAUGCUGAGAGGAGUCUGGCAAAYCACGUUACGACCCCACCCCCUCUUUUCUUUGAAGAAAAGUAGAUAGAUUGUCCUUCUGGGGGUUGGCUGGAAGGUGAUAAUGCAGAUUCCUUCAGUAGUCUUCUGAGGCGCUAUGGUGACGACUGAUAUGCUAAUUUCAAGCACAAAGGUUCAUGCAAGUUCCUUAACAGAAGUUUGAAAAAUAUAUCUGACUCUUUUCCCAAACAGUCAUAACAAGUUAUGUCCAUCAGAAAUCAUAAAUCGAGGUAGGUAGGAAACCCCUACAUAAAUAAGAUAAAAAUCAAACCAUCUGCUGAGGAACUGAUCAUAUCUGAGGCCACACCUUUUCUGAGUCAUCAGGAAGUUUGUAAAGUUUUUAUUUUUUGUUUUGUUUGACAUGAAUGAAGACAGUUAAUCCACUGAUGAAUUCUUCAGCUCAGACGUUACAAUGCUGCAGAAGCUCUUUAAGCUUUUGGCUUUUUAUUUUUUUCUCUGCAUGUUGUGUUUGUUGGUCUUUUUGUACAGUAAAAAUGGAUCUUUGCAGAUCUCUGAGCCUCCAGAUGAUGAGCAGAAAAAAGAGCAAUAUUUUGAUAAAGUGGCAGAAAACUUCUGGAGGACUGAAGCUCCAGGAGUCAGAUUAGGAUCCACAGCAGCUGAAGUCCUGCAGCCGUGUCCUGAAACCACUCCAGACCUGGUGGGUCCGCUUCACGUGGAGUUUGAAACCAACCGAACCCUGGACUGGGUCAGGGAGCAGGUCGGUUCUGUCCUGCAGCUGGGGGGCCGGUACAAACCCCCAGACUGUGUCUCCAAACAGAAGGUGGCGAUCAUCAUCCCCUUCAGAUACCGAGACGAGCACCUGAACCACUGGCUUUAUUACCUCCAUCCCAUCUUGAUGCGACAGCAGGUGGACUACAGCAUCUAUGUUAUCAACCAGUACGGUCACGGAGUGUUCAACAAGGCCAAACUGAUGAACGCAGGAUACGCUGAAGCUCUGAAAGAGUAUGAUUACGACUGCUUCGUCUUCUCUGAUGUAGAUAUGGUGCCUUUAGACGAUCGAAACCUGUACCGGUGCUUCGACAGCCCGAGACAUUUAGCUGUGGGCGUGGACAAAUUUAACUUCACCUUACCAUAUAAAAACAUCUUCGGAGGGGUCAUCGCGCUGUCCAAGGAGCAGUUCUUGAAAAUCAACGGCUUUUCAAACACUUACUGGGGCUGGGGUGGCGAGGACGACGACAUCUCCAACCGGGUCAGGAUCCGGAUCAAGUCCAUAUCCCGACCAGACUCCCUGAUUGGACGGUACAAGAUGAUCCAUCAUGACAGAGACCUCCAUAAUGACGUUAACCCACACAAUCCGUACAAACUGCAUGAAACUAUCAAAACAUUUAAGAGAGAUGGGCUCAACUCUCUGAACUACACAGUGAAGGACAUUAAGAGGGACAAACUCUUCACCUUCAUCUCUGUGGACGUCCACGUUCCAUCAGGUCURAACUUAAAAUGAUGGCUUUGAAAAAAAGAAUUAACAAUUCGUUAGUUUUGAUAACUUUAAAACGUUUGAAGCACUUGUAUUUAUAAAUUAAAGUGAA